UCUCGAUGAUCAGAGUCCUGCUGGCCUGCUGUAGUUCUCUGUUGCUUCUGGAAGACUUUUAAGGAUUCACACUGAGUGAUUAGAUGGAUAAACCGUAACACUGAGAUUUCUUUUUUUUUUUACAUUUAAAAGUCGCUUUCCCUGAAAACAGUAACAGCAAGUGCCAAGGUGAUGCAGAAGCAAGUUGAAGUCAGGAUGCAUGAGAACCACCUGGAGCCACCAAUGGUGGUGGAACCACAGCCUGCCUGUUUUGGCAUCUGCAAAGCGCUAAGGAAAAACCUCCUUCUAACAAUAACAAUCCUUGGUGUCAUAAUUGGGUCCGUGGUAGGGAUGCUGCUGCGCUACAUCUCGCCACUUCCUGCUGAUGUCAUUAUGGUCAUUGGCUUCCCUGGGGAGAUCCUGAUGAGAAUGUUGAAGAUGCUCAUCUUACCUCUCAUCAUUUCCAGUUUAAUCACAGGCCUGGCUGGACUGGACGCAAAGUCGAGUGGACGCCUGGGGACGAGAGCCAUGGUCUACUACAUGUCCACCACGGUCAUCGCGGCUGUGCUAGGGGUGAUCCUAGUGCUUGCUAUUCACCCAGGGAACCCUAAGCUGAAAACAAAUCUUGGUCCAGGAAAGAAAAAUGACGAGGUUUCAAGUUUAGAUGCUUUCUUUGACCUCAUCAGGAACCUCUUUCCAGAGAAUCUGGUGCAGGCUUGCUUCCAGCAGAUAUCCACUGUCUCGACUAAGACUGAGAUUCCUCCCCCUAUGAUGAUGCGCAACGGACGAAACGUCACUAGAUCGCCACCAACAUUUUCUGUCAAAAAAACUCUGCAGUUCAGGAGUGGAAUGAACGUAUUAGGUCUCAUCGGCUUCUUUGUGGCAUUUGGGAUCAUCAUGGGCAAGAUGGGGGAGAAGGCCAAGCUGAUGCUGGACUUCUUCAACUGCCUCAAUGAGAUCGUCAUGAGACUCGUUGGCUUGAUCAUGUGGUACUCUCCUGUUGGUAUUGCCUGUCUCAUCUGCGGGAAGAUCAUCUCCAUUAAUGAUCUGGAGAUGGUGGCACGUCAGCUGGGAAUGUACAUGGUCACAGUCAUCGUGGGCCUCAUUAUCCAUGGUGCCAUAUUCUUGCCGUUGAUAUACUUCGUCAUAGUUAAAGAAAAUCCCUACCAUUUCUUCAUGGGAAUCUUCCAAGCCUGGGUCACUGCUUUGGGAACAGCCUCCAGUGCUGGCACUCUGCCUGUCACAUUCCGAUGCCUUGAGGAAAACCUUGGCAUUGAUAAGAGAGUGACUCGCUUUGUGCUCCCUGUUGGUGCAACCAUUAACAUGGAUGGUACAGCUCUCUAUGAAGCCGUGGCAGCCAUUUUCAUUGCUCAGAUGAAUGGAAUUGAUCUCGAUUAUGGUCAGAUUGCCACAGUCAGCUUAACGUCCACCCUAGCUAGUGUGGGUGCGGCUAGUAUUCCGAGUGCUGGUUUGGUGACCAUGAUUCUGAUCCUGACUGCUGUGGGACUGCCUACCUCAGACAUCAGUUUGCUGGUGGCGGUUGACUGGCUUCUGGAUCGCUUCAGAACUUCAGUGAAUGUUGUUGGUGAUUCCUAUGGUGCUGGAAUUGUUUACCACCUUUCAAAAGACGAGUUGGACAGUCUUGAUGCACAGGCCAAAUUCGAUGAAAUGGAGAUGUCAAAAACACAGUCCUUCUAUGAAAACAAUACCAACCAGCACGUAUACACCCAACGCCACUCCUGCCCACAAGUAAUGAUUGAUGACUGCAAGGUAACCUCAAAUGGCUCCCCUGCGGAGUACUCUGUUGUUGAGGAGGAACCUUGGAUACGCGAGUAAUACAUCACACAGAUCCUGCUUCGCCUUAUCCUGAGUUCCUCAAGGUUUACCCUUCACGAUGAAAAAUGAAAGAACCCAAACAUCACUUUCUCAGAACUAAAACAAGCAAACAAUGAACUGGACACAUACAUGCAACUCUGACACUCUGAACUGGAAUAUUGAUAGUGCAAACCACUCGCAUGGAACUACCAAUGCUCUCAUACACUGUACCAGAAGAUGGCAUUAGCAUAUAUAAUUUAAUACUGGAAAGGGGACCAAAACAGGGGGCUAUACUGUAAGCCUUACCUUUGGGUGAAUGGCCUCUUAAGAGUGAAAACCUAAAAUAUGUUGAGAACAGUAGCAGUCCAAACCUCAUGAAAUAACAGAGGGAGCGACACGCCCUAACCAGUAAAGAGGAAGGUUUGGCCUUGUCUAUUUGAAAUAUGUGGAAGGCCCAAAGCUAUAAAAAACAAUCUGCCCAUUUUAGGGCAGAGCUUCCUUUGAACUGUCACAAGGGUUUUAGUAUAACUAUCCCCAGUAGUCUUUUAGAGUAUUUUCAUCUGAAUUUUGGUGAAGGAAUGUUUCAAAAGCACUCCGAAACCUACUGCCUUCCGACAGCGAUCUUAAUAGAGUUUGAAUGUCUAUGAAAGUAUGUUUUUAUGUCUUCUUAAGAUACUGGUGAAAUACCCAGGAAUAACAUUUCAUACACACAGCUGUCCUUGAAUCUAAUUUCAUUGCUCCUAAAAAAAAAGUAACACAAGUGGCUCUUCUGCCAUCUCUAAGUUCACAGAAUCCUAGUCCCCUUACAGGCGAGCGAGGGCCCUCUGGUGCCAUGCAGCAGGUGCUGGGAGAAAGGAUCAGCUUGUUUCAGGGAGUAACCUUUGUCUGGCUGGACUUAGGAGGAUUAACCCCUGCUGUUGACUCACAUAAUCAGCCACUUAGCACACGAGCUUACCUCUGCGCUGAAUAUAUCCAAAAAGGCCGAGCCUCCCAGAAUUGCAGAGUAUUUUUAGGCAGCAGCCGAGGCACAUGCCGCAUUAGCAAUUAGGAGCAGGGCACACCAAAGACUUAUUGCAAAUCCUGACAGUGAGACAACCAGCAUGUUUUACUAUAUUUCACAUAAAGCUUUUUGGAUUAUUGGCUUAUUUUACUCCUACCGUGGCUGCGUAGUUUGAGAAAACAGGGAUUAGACGUUGCUGUGUCUUUGCUGUAUUGCAAGCUUUGAGAUAUACAUGCGUGUCUAUGCUAAGGUGGUGCAAGUGUGCUUAUGUCUGAGAGAGAGGAGUUUGCAAACAUUUGCUCGCCCAAAUGAGACAGUAGAUUGUGCAUAUGUUUUGUGUGCUUUGUUAACUGUUAUUUAUAUGCUACUGUACAUGACAACCUUGCCUUGAAGAUGUCAACUGCAAAUUGUGCAGUCAGUGUGACAAUUAUGACCAUACUGAUUCCCAUAACCUAUUUUAGUAUAUUUUUUUGCAUUUCUUAAGUGAAAGCCCAGCAUCAUCAUAUCCUCUGGUGGAUAUAUAGUGUAUUUCCACUGCAGCAUUAACCUGUCUAUCAAUUCAAGAAUUGACAAAUCACUUGCUCCACUGUCAAAGGCAAAUUGAAAAUUUAGUAAGUGUUUGUUAGAAAUGUGAUGCUGAAAAAGUAUCCGUGAAGAGUAUAAUCCGUCUGCAUGGCACCCUGUACCAGUUAACUGUUACAGCAGCAUUACUGUUAUUUAUUUAUUUUUGCACGAUAAUCUUACAUGUAAGUGCCUCAUUGCACUUUGUGUAUAUAUAUAUAUCAUAUAUUAGACAGAAAUAUAUUUUGUUGAACUGGUGUGUAGGCUUUUGAAAUGGAUAGUUCUUGCUCAUUGUGUCUAAAAAUAGAGAAACAAAUAUAUAUAUCCAUACAUUUAUAAAAGUAAGGUUGUUUGUAAUUAAGUUUGGAUAGUUCAGAACUGGUGUUUGUAAUUCCACCUACAGUGUUCAUAUCCAUAUAUUUGGGCCAUAUGAAAUCUGGUUUAAAUUAAGAAUUACACACCAGAUUGAGAGAGAAAAAAAUUGAAAAAAUUACAAAAAAUAUUUUUCACUUGUCUAUGACAGAGUUGUCCUAGGCUCUCAGAAUUUGUGUUUUUGUCUGUUUUUACUAGAAUUCUUGGCUCUAGGGGAAAAAGUAAAAUGACUUUAAGAGUUGUCAGUGUUACCUGGGUAAUGUUUUGUAUGGCUCUUCACCAUGUAUACCAUGACCAGAGUACAGAGGGGCAGGGGAAAUGUAGGAGCUUGCUGACGUAUCUCUGCAGUGGAGAUAUGUGUUCAGGCAGGGCCUGGCACGGGAGCAUGGGAAAGACAUUCCUCAUAGUGAAGGAUGUGCUGCGUUGUCUAUGCUCAUCUUGAUCCACUUUUGUGUUCACAUUUGAUUUAAAACCAAGUGUGUAACUUGCAUACCAAGACCCACUUUUUAAAAUUUGUCUUUUUCCUCUAUUUUGUUUUCUAUGGUUAUGACAAAUGUAAAUAAAGACAAAUAUUGUCUCUAUUUUCUAUCUCUUUUUUGAUGAGAAGCACUGUUUGUGCAGGAGCAUGUGCAGAUAUACUCUAUACUUUCAUGUCUUUUCAAGUUCACAUCAUAACUAGAGCCACAUUCAUACAACAGACUGGCGAGUGCAUGAUCCAUGUGCAUGUGUAAGCACAGGCAUUGUCUUUGUGCAUGCAAGUGUGAAUGUCUGUGUGUGUGUGUGUGUGUGUGCGCGUGUGUGUGUGGGUAUGUGUGUGUCUCUGUGAGUAACAGAGAAAAAGCAGACUUAUUUUUACUUUGCAACAACUGAACUAAUGUAUUAUAAUGUAUUUUACUGUGUUCAUACUGUAUAAUUCUGUAU